GGGACCCGAGGGAAGCAGAGAACUUUUCUCUUCACCAGAUGCUUGCCACCCUAAACGAACCCUGAAUUAUGGCGGCUUCUGCGCCGGCCCCGCACACGACUGACUUUCCGGCUGAGGGUCGGUGCAGUUACUAUGUGGAAAAGAAGAGGAGGUUCUGCAGGAUGGUGGUGGCGGCAGGGAAAAGAUUCUGUGGGGAACACGCUGGAGCCGCGGAGGAAGAAAAUGCUCGGAAAAGAAUUCUGUGUCCUUUAGAUCCAAAACACACAGUAUAUGAAGAUCAACUAGCAAAGCAUUUGAAAAAAUGUAACUCAAGAGAGAAGCCAAAACCUGACUUCUUUAUUCAAGAUAUUAACGCAGGCUUAAAAGAUGGAACAGAAAAACCUGAACAGUUAGUUCCAAUUUCUUCUCUCUCUGAAGAGCAGUUGGAAAACUUAAUUAAGAAAUUGAGGAAAGCAAGUGAAGGUUUGAACUCUACACUUAAAGAUCAAAUUAUGUCCCAUCCAGCAUUGCAUGAUGCCCUUAAUGACCCUAAAAAUGGUGAUUCUGCAACCAAACACCUGAAACAGCAGGCUUCUAUUUUAGGUAACAUUGAAAAAUUAAAGUUACUUGGUCCAAGAAGAUGCUUUGUUGAAUUUGGAGCAGGAAAGGGAAAAUUAUCUCAUUGGGUUGAUAUUGCCUUAAAAGAUGCUGAAAAAGUUCACUUCAUCCUAGUAGAAAAGGUGACCACAAGAUUCAAGGUAGAUGGCAAACACAGAAAGAAAAAUUCAGUAUUUGAGAGACUUCAAAUUGAUAUUCAACACUUGUGUUUGAAUAAGAUUCCUUUGCUAAGCAAAGAAAAACUACCUGUGGUAGGAAUUGGAAAGCAUCUGUGUGGUGUGGCAACAGAUCUUGCAUUACGAUGUUUGGUUGAAACCUAUGCUGCCAGUUGUGAGGAAAGGAAUGAAGAACCUUUAGCCAAACGCAUAAAGAAUGAUAAAACAGAAAAAGAAAUUAACACUUUGGCCAAGGAAGGAAAUGAGAAAAAUGUCCCAGAGAAGUGGAGCCCUGUGGCUGGCAUUGUUAUUGCACUCUGUUGUCACCACAGGUGUGAUUGGAGACAUUAUGUGGGCAAAGAGUAUUUCAGGGCUCUAGGCCUUGGAGCAGUGGAAUUCCACUACUUCCAGCGAAUGAGUAGUUGGGCGACUUGUGGGAUGCGAAAAACAUCUUUGGAAGCCUCCAAUCUUACCACAAAGAGAAAAGAUAAGCAGAAUGAUGACAGUGAAGAGCAUGAUGACGGGGGAUGCAUAAUCACAGACGAAAGCACCGAGAGAGUCCCUGGGUUCCUUACUGUUGAAGAAAAGAAGAAAAUAGGGCAUCUUUGUAAAUUGCUGAUUGACCAAGGCCGAGUCGAGUAUUUACAGCAGAAAGGAUUCAGUCCUGCUUUACAGUAUUAUACAGAUCCUCUGGUAUCUUUGGAAAAUGUAUUGUUAACUGCUUUACCAAAUCAUUCGUCAUCACCAGAAACAACUGCUUAAUGGAAAAGAAAUUGUGAACAUCUGUCUUCCACCAAAAAAAAUUUUUUUAAUUGUAUUUUUAUAUUCAUGAAAUAUACUUUACGUAGCAGAGAUAUGAACUUUAAAAAAUGUUGUGGCCUCAUU